AUGGAUGCCUUCAUAUCCCGCAAGAGGCGUCGUAUUUCGCCGUCGCCGGAGGCUGACUUCGACUUUGUCACGGACUGGCAACCGACCACACAAUUCAAUACAGAAGAUAGAGAACCACGCGAGGAAGAAACCACCGAUGUCAAGCUAGCAAUCCUCUCGUCGCUCCGCCCUGACAGGUCUCCAGAGGAUCUCCUUGAAAUCCUUUUGGGCUGCGAGGGUUCGGUGGAAGACGCCCUCCAGACACUGGCUGUGUCCACGAGCAGCACGACCGAAAUCGAGAACGCAAGCACAUCGCCCACAGCCAAACGAGGUCGACUCGCCACUCCUGGUUUGCAAAGUGCACUUCCGUUCACAGCGGCGGAAAAGAAAAGGUUGGGUUCGGCAAGGGCUCCAAUCUUGACGAAAAAGGGCAAGACGUUACAUCUGUACACGCCGGAGGACAUUGCACAACACACUCCCUGUUCCGUCAUCCACAACUUCCUCCCGACCGACCUGGCCAACGCAUUGCUCGAGGAGCUGCUCGCCGAAGUGCCCAGCUACGAGAGCAUCAGGUUCAAGCUCUUCGACAACGUGGUCAAAUCGCCUCACACGGCAUGUUUCUACGUCGAGAGCCUCGCCGAGCUGCAACGGCAGAGGAGCGAAUACUACUACAACGGCAACGACUUGGGGGACAUUCGGCAGAUCCUGCCUGUUAUGCGGCAAGUGAGCGACCUGGUCCGCGACGCCGUCAACACCGAGAUCGCCAUCCGCAUCCGCGACUUCAACCCGGGCGCGAAUAAACUGCAGUACCAGUCGUCGAAGCCAUGGCAGCCCAACGCCGCGUUUGUGAACUGCUACGACGGCGGCGCCCAACACGUCGGCUACCACUCGGACCAGUUGUCGUAUCUAGGCCCGCGCGCGGUGAUCGGGAGUUUGAGCCUCGGUGUCGCAAGAGAGUUUCGGGUCCGCAAGAUCGUGCCCAAGGACGAUGACGGCGGCAAGACAUCAAUACCCGAGCCUUCGGGAAGGCAAUCUGCUGCGGUUUCGUCGUCGGCCGAUCUCUCGGGCCAGAUCGCAAUUCAUCCCCCUCAUAACUCGUUGUUGGUCAUGCACGCCGAGAUGCAGGAGGAAUGGAAACAUAGUAUUGCCCCGGCCCAGACGAUCACGCCGCACCCAAUCGCGGAUAACAAACGCAUCAACAUCACUUACCGCUGGUAUCGGGAGGAAUUCCGGCCCAAAAAUACCCCCAAAUGUCGCUGCGGCGUGCCGUGCGUGCUCAAGACCGUGCAGAAGCAGAAGGCCACUCGGGGUCGGUAUAUGUGGAUGUGUCAAAUGGGCAACAGGCCGGAAGGUGGUGAAGGGUGCGGAUGGUUUGAGUGGGCGAGGUUCAACGAUGAUGGAGCUCCGAUUGGUUGGAAUCGUAAUCACGAUCAUGACCACCGUCGGAAUACAGGUGCUGUGGAUUGUGUUGCUGCUAGUCUCCGAGAUGGAGACGCUGCUAGUGGUGGUGGUGGUGACACUGCUAGGGGUAAUGGUGACAAUGGCCAAUACCAAUGUGCAGCCUGA